AUGGAGGUGAGGGAGGCGUCCACGCCGGCGGCAGGCGGCGCGUGCUCGUUGCCGGCGGAGGACAUCGAGAAGUGGAUGGAGGAGGCGAUGCACAUGGCUAAAAAUGCCCUCGAAAAUACUGAAGUUCCUGUCGGCUGCCUCAUGGUCUACAACAAUGAAGUUGUGGGGAAGGGAAGAAAUGAAGUUAACGAAACUAAAAAUGCUACUCGACAUGCAGAAAUGGUGGCCAUUGAUCAGGUCCUAGAUUGGUGUUGCCAAAAUGGCAAGAGACCUUCUGAAGUGUUUGCACACACUGUGCUGUAUGUCACCGUGGAGCCAUGUAUUAUGUGUGCAGCUGCUCUUCGCUUGAUGAAAAUCCCACUGGUUGUGUAUGGUUGUCAAAAUGAACGAUUUGGUGGUUGUGGCUCUGUUCUAAAUAUUGCCUCUGCUGACUUACCAAACACUGGGAGACCGUUUCAGUGCAUUCCUGGAUAUCGGGCUGAGGAAGCAGUGGAAAUGUUAAAGACCUUCUACAAACAAGAAAAUCCAAAUGCACCCAAAUCAAAAGUUCGGAAAAAGGAAUGUCAGAAAUCUUGAACUUGGGUUGAAAGACUAAUGCCCCAGC